ACUACAAAACACUGCGGACGCUUUUUAUAGCAUAACUCGCGUAUUAUACAUAAAAUAUUUAUUUGCUGAAGUUUUAAGAGCGCCUUUUCGAUUGUUAGCUAUUUGCUUAAAUAUUGCAAUGGCAAACGCUUCAAAUUAAGGAAAAUCUAUAGUUUUUGGACGUGGCCCCCGGUAAAGACACAUUCUGGGAUUGCGACAUCUAUAAUAAUAAUAACUAAUAAGUAACCUAGCUUAUGUGUUACAGCGUAUAUCGGGAAUCAUCUCAAAAUGAACCAAAUAAACUGGCUGCUGUAAAGCUUUAAGUUUCAAGGAGUGUUAUUUCUGUAUUUUUAGGUUAAGGAGUUUUGUUCCCAUCAUGAAGUUGUACUGUCUAAGCAGUGAUGCAGCGAAGCCAUGCUUCGUCCUAUCAUUCAAGGAGCUACUCAUUAUGCUGGACUGCGGACUGUCGGCACAUUCUGUGCUGAACUUCUUGCCGCUGCCUCCAGUACCCUCAGCGAGGCUUGCCAGUCUGCCUUCGUACACUCCACCGCAUAUUACUGAUCCACUUCUAGAAGGGGAGCUAAAAGAAUGCUGCGGCCGCGUGUUCGUAGAUUCAGCUCCAGAGUGGGCCCCACCGCUGGACAAAGUGGUUGAUUUCGCACAGCUGGAUGUGCUGCUAGUGUCAAACUAUACCUGCAUGCUGGCGCUGCCGUUCAUUGUGGAUACACCCGGGUUUAAAGGGCAGGUGCUGGCUACGGAGCCUACUUUGCAGAUUGGGAGAUUCUAUCUCGAAGAGCUCUCCGAAUGGCUGUCAAACUGCAGCUCCGGCGCCGCAGCGAAGCGCUGGAAGGAACUCCUUCACGUUCUACCACCACCACUGGCCCACGCUUCCAGACCUCGAGCUUGGCGUCGCCUGUACUCCGCAGAGGCGCUACAACGGGCUUUGGCAAGAGUACGGGUCGUGGGAUAUGAUGAACGUGUGGAUAUUUAUGGCGCUCUCGAUGCCACACCAGUGUCAUCUGGCUUCUGUCUCGGCUCAGCCAACUGGGUACUACGCUCAGCGCACGAAAAAGUAGCAUACGUGAGCGGCUCAUCUACUCUGACUACGCACCCUCGACCGAUCAACCAGGCCGCAUUACGUGGGGCAGAUCUGCUCCUACUGGCCGCACUCACACAGACUCCCGCGCAUAACCCGGACAACAUGCUUGGAGACUUAUGCGUCCACUGCGCUACAACCCUCCGCGGCGGCGGUGGCGUACUAUUACCUGUCUACCCUUCAGGCGUCCUCUACGAUCUGCUGGAAUGUCUGGGAGCUCAUCUAGAGGCGGCAGGCUUGGCGCAUGUGCCUCUGUACGUGCUCAGUGAGGUGGCCGACGCGUCGCUGGCUUACUCCAAUAUACUGGCGGAGUGGGUCAGCCAGGCCAAGCAGGCUAAGGUAUAUUUGCCCGAAGAACCGUUUCCUCACGCGGCCCUCGCCCGCGGAGGCCGCCUCCGACACGCUCGGAGGCUCCACGACGACGCCUUCAGCCGGGACUUCCGGCAGCCGUGCGUCGUGUUCGCCGGACACCCGAGUCUGAGAUUCGGCGCUGCUGUACAUCUUGUGGAGCUGUGGGCGCAGAACCCUAUGCACGCUGUUAUAUUUACAGAGCCUGAUUUCCCGUACUUAGAAGCGCUGGCACCGUUCCAACCUCUCGCCAUGAAGGCGUUCCACUGUCCCAUCGACACGUCCCUCAACUACAGCCAGGCUAACAAACUGGUCCGAGAGCUGCGGCCUCGAGAGCUGGCGUUACCGGAGCAGUACGCCGCCCCUACUGCGGGGCCUGCCAGACCGCACAUCAGCGCCGACGUGCCCACCGUGGUGCUCCGGCGCGGCGGCGCGCGGGCCGUGGGGCUGCGCCGGCGCGCCGCGCGCGGCAUCCUCGCCGGCGCGUUGGCGCAGGCCUUGCAGCCGAGGCAACUACGCCCGGGGCUUAGGGCUGCGCCUUUACAAGCUCUACUGGCGCUAAGGGAUUCGAGAUUGGAGUUGCAGCCGGUUGAGCCGAUACCGAGACUGCCUGGGGACGCAGCGCCGGAACCAGCAAGAUUGGAGUGGGGAGAUUUAGACGUGGAGCGUCUGGUCCGCGAGCUGGCGCGCGAGGGGCUGGGCGAGGCGCGCGUGGAGCCGGCGGCGGGCGGCGGGCGCGCCGUGCACCUGGCGCGCCACGACACGCUGGUGGUCGCCGAGCGCGGCAGCACGCACGUCUUCUGCGAGGCGCGCGCGCGCCCGCACGUCCGGCUCAAGCUCAGGAAGGCGCUCGCGGCCUGUUUGAAUCACUUGUAAUGCUAUAAACAUACUAACAUAUGCCGCGCCGAGAUACGAUUGUAGAGCGAGCUCGCACACAUGUGUUCUGCGAGGCAACAGCGAGAUUCGAUCGCCAGACGAAACUGUAACCUUUUAACAGCUCCCACGCAAUUACCCAAUUUACCCAUGUCUUGUAACGUCACAUGUGAAGUGAAAUUUGCAUAAGGGUGGUAUUUCGCCUAUCCAAUUUCUUUGUUCGAUGUGCUUGGCGUCUCACUCUCUCAUUAAGCAAAACGUGAGACGCAAAUACACAUCGGACCGAGAUAUUGGACAGAUGGAAUACCAUCCUAAAGCGUUCGCUGCCUUUUUGAAUCGUCUAUAAAUCAUUGUACAGUCGCCAUCAGAUAUAUCGGAGCGACCAAAGUGUUCAUAAUAUCUGAACACGCACUCAAACACCCUGACAAUAGAGACGUGUUCAGAUAUUUGUGAGCACCUUGGCCGCUCCGAUAUAUCUGAUGGCGACUAUACCACUGAAGAAUUAUGACGAAUUCUACAUUGUUUUUAUAAGUUCAUCGAUAAAAUAACUUUCCUUUGACAAAGUUUGAGUGGAUAUUGUAAUUGAUAAGGUAAUAUUGAGCAGAAUAAAAUUUAAGUUGAAAUAAAAUAAA